GUGUGUGUGUGUGUGUGUGUGUGUCUGCGGGCGCCUCGCGCGUGUAUUAGCCCGCCGGGCGCUCUUUUUUUUUUUUUUUUUUUUUUUUCUCCUUCCUUCCUUCUUCUCUCCUCCUUCUCCGCUCCUCCUUCUUCCCUCCCCUCCUCCUCCUCCUUCCCCCCUCUUCCUUCUGAGGUGUUGGGGAGGGGGGGGGGCGAGACACACGCAAAGCACGGAGCCGCCCCCCGCGAGAACGUAGAGGGAGAGCAGAAACAGAGAUAAUUCCUCCUCCUCUUCCUCCUCCCCCUCCUCCUCCCCCUCAGCAUCCCGCCCCGGGUCCCCGCGGGCUCAUGCCACCUGCCCCCCCCCGCCGGUCGCCUCGCCCGGAGAGCGGCGGAGAGCGCGGGGCCCUUUAAGAGCGAGCGGCCGCGGCUGAGGCGGCGGGAGAGCUCGGCGGCGCCGGCGAGGAAGGAUGGCGGACACGGACCUUUUUAUGGAAUGUGAGGAGGAGGAGCUGGAACCAUGGCAGAAAAUCAGUGAUGUGAUUGAAGAUUCUGUUGUUGAGGAUUAUAAUUCAGUUGAUAAAACUGCUACGGCUGGCAAUCCUCUUGUUCAGCAGAGUGGGCAGCCGCUAAUCCUCGCCCAGAACCCAGCCUCGGGCCUGGGCACAAUGGUAACUCAGCCAGUGCUACGACCUGUGCAGAUCAUGCAGAACGCCAAUCAUGUCACAAAUUCUCCGGUGGCCAGCCAGCCCAUCUUCAUAACGACCCAGGGAUUUCCCGUGAGGAAUGUGCGGCCUGUACAAAACACAAUGAACCAAGUUGGAAUUGUUCUGAAUGUACAGCAAGGUCAAACAGUUAGACCCAUCACCCUCGUCCCAGCCCCAGGUACCCAGUUUGUUAAGCCGGCAGUUGGCGUUCCUCAGGUGUUCUCUCAAAUGGCCCAGGUGAGACCAGGUACAACCAUGCCGGUCCGACCCACCACCAACACUUUCACUACGGUCAUUCCGGCCACGCUUACCAUCAGGAGCACUGUACCCCAGUCCCAGGCACAACAGCAAAGUAAGUCCACUCCCAGCACCUCCACAACUCCUACUGCAACGCAGCCAACCACCCUUGGACAGUUAACUGUGCAGCAGCCAGGGCAGUCCAGUCAAGCUACUAACCCCAAAUUAGUGAGUAUUGCAAGCUUUGUGACUGUAAAGAGACCUGGAGUGACUGGUGAGAACAGCAAUGAGGUUGCUAAGCUAGUGAAUACCCUGAACACCAUUCCUUCGUUAGGACAGAGCCCUGGCAAUGAGGUUGCUAAGCUAGUGAAUACCCUGAACACCAUUCCUUCGUUAGGACAGAGCCCUGGCCCGCUGGUGGUUUCCAACAGCAGCCCUGUGCAUGGUUCCCAGAGAUCUAGUGUUUCAGAGUCGUCGUCAUCGUCAUCAUCGUUAAAAGUCAGUUCAUCUCCUGUUCCCACAUUUGAUUUGCAAGAUGGUGGCAGGAAGGUCUGCCCAAGGUGCGAUGCUCAGUUUCGAGUCACUGAAGCUUUAAGAGGACAUAUGUGUUACUGCUGCCCUGAAAUGGUUAAAUUCCUCAAGAAAAGAAAAUCUCCAGAUUCCGAACCAAAUACUCAAUCUGCAAAGCCUCCAUCUCCAGAAAAAACGACGGCUGUUGCUUCACCGCCCUCUUCUACUCCUAUCCCUGCACUGUCCCCACCCGCUAAAGCGCCAGAGCCCAGUGAAAGCGUAGUUGACUCGUCCCAAAGUAAGCUCAUUAUGUUAGUAGAUGAUUUCUACUAUGGCAGAGAUGGCGGCAAAGUGAACCAGCUGCUGAACUUCCCCAAGGUUCCAACUUCCUUCAGGUGUCCGCACUGCACCAAGAGGCUAAAGAACAACAUACGAUUUAUGAAUCACAUGAAGCACCAUGUGGAACUGGAUCAGCAGAACGGAGAGGUAGAUGUCCACACCAUCUGUCAGCACUGUUACAGACAGUUCUCCACUCCGUUUCAGCUACAGUGUCACUUAGAGAAUGUCCACAGUCCCUAUGAGUCAACAACAAAGUGCAAGAUCUGUGAAUGGGCAUUCGAGAGUGAGCCAAUGUUCCUGCAGCACAUGAAGGACACUCACAAGCCUGGGGAGAUGCCCUAUGUUUGUCAGGUCUGUCAGUACCGCUCAUCGCUCUACUCCGAAGUGGAUAGCCAUUUCCGAAUGAUCCACGAAGACACGCGGCACCUGCUCUGCCCCUACUGCCUCAAAGUCUUUAAGAAUGGCAAUGCUUUCCAGCAGCACUUCAUGAGGCAUCAGAAGAAGAGUGUUUAUCAUUGCAACAAGUGUAGACUCCAGUUCCUGUUUGCCAAGGAUAAAAUUGAACACAAGCUGCAGCAUCACAAAACUUUCCGAAAGCCCAAGCAAUUAGAAGGAUUGAAACCUGGAACCAAGGUUACGAUCAGGGCGUCUAGAGGACAGCCACGGACAGUGCCGAUAGCUUCCAACGACGUGCCGCAGGGCGCUGGACAGGAAACCACCUCGCUGGCAGCCUCUACCGAUCCCCAGCCCAUCUUCCUGUACCCGCCCGUCCAGAGGAACGUCCAGAAGAGAGCGGUCAAAAAAAUGAGUGUCUUGGGGAGGCAGACUUGUCUGGAGUGCAGCUUCGAAAUCCCCGACUUCCCAAACCACUUCCCCACCUACGUGCACUGUUCGCUGUGUCGCUACAGCACUUGCUGCUCCAGAGCUUACGCCAACCACAUGAUCAACAACCACGUUCCUCGGAAGAGUCCAAAAUACUUGGCUUUGUUUAAAAACUAUACUGCCUGUGGUGUAAAGCUGUCCUGUUCCUCUUGUCUCUUUGUAACGACUGAGGGUGAUGCAAUGGCCGAACAUCUGGUCUUCAACCCAUCACACGAGUUUAGUAACAUUAUUUUCCGAGGGCCUACUUGGAUAUCACAUUCCAGGCACAUUCAGCCCCAGGACAAAAGCGUGAAGAAUCCUUGCCCUACCUAUUCCCCGAGUAAAGCUGCUACUGUGAAAACAAAGUCUGUGUUACCCGCGAAAGAUGACCUGGAGCCCGAGCUGGCACCAGCAGCCUACAACAGACCUCCGGUCUGCCAGGAAGAGGAGUGCUUAAAUAUUGAUGCUCCAGAAGACGAGCAGCCAACGAAGGAGCCUGAGCCUGCCAGCAAAAAGGAGCAGCUGUCGGUGAAGAAGCUGCGCAUGGUACUGUUUGCUUUGUGCUGCAACACCGAGCAGGCCGCAGAGCACUUCCGGAACCCUCAGAGGCGGAUCAGGCGCUGGCUGCGAAGGUUUCAGGCUUUCCAAGAGGAGAACCUGGCGUCCCUGUCAGAGGGCAAGUACCUCAGCUUAGAGGCCGAAGAGAAGCUGGCGGAGUGGGUGCUGACGCAGCGAGAGCAGCAGCUGCCCGUGAACGAGGAGACGCUCUUCCAGAAAGCCACCAAGAUCGGCCGGUCCCUCGAGGGGGGCUUCAAGAUCUCCUACGAGUGGGCGGUGAGGUUCAUGCUACGGCACAACCUCAGCACGCACACGCGGAGGGCCGUGGCUCACCCUCUCCCCAAAGACGUGGAGGACAACGCCGGUUGCUUCAUCGAGUUCGUGCAGCGGCAGAUCCACACCCAGGACCUGCCCCUCUCCAUGAUCGCCGCCAUCGACGAGAUCUCGCUCUUCCUGGACGUGGAGGUGCUGAGCAGCGACGACCGGAAGGAGAACGCCCUGCAGACGGUGGGGACCGGGGAGCCCUGGUGCGACGUCGUCCUGACGAUCCUCGCCGACGGCAGCGUUCUCCCGACGCUGGUCUUCUACCGGGGGAACGUGCAGCAGCCCGCCAACGUGCCGGAAUCGAUCAUGUUGGAAGCGAAGGAGAACGGGUACAGCGACGACGAAGUCAUGGAGCUGUGGUCGACCAGAGUGUGGCAGAAGCACACGGAGUGCCAGAACAGCAAGGGCAUGCUCGUGCUGGACUGUCACCGAACACACCUCUCGGAAGAAGUACUUGCCCUGCUGAGCGCGUCCAGCACUCUGCCGGCCGUCGUCCCUGCCGGCUGCAGCUCCAAAAUCCAGCCCCUGGAUGUUUGUAUAAAAAGGACUGUGAAAAAUUUCUUGCAUAAAAAGUGGAAAGAGCAAGCCAAGGAAAUGGCGGACUCCACGUGCGACUCGGACAUUCUUCUGCAGCUGGUCCUGUGCUGGCUGGCGGAGGUGCUGGAGAUCAUUAGUGACUCCCCCGAACUGGUGCAGCAGUCCUUCCUGGUGGCCAGCGUGCUGCCCGGCCCGGACGGCACGGCCAACUCGCCCACGCGCAACGGCGACAUGCAGGAGGAGCUGAUCGCCGCGCUGGAGGAGCAGCUGAAGCUGAGCGACGCGCAGGCGGAGCAGGCGGCGGCGGGCGGGCAGGACGGGGCCCGGCCCGAGGAGCCCGCGGACCCCGAAAUCCUCCAGCAGCUCUUCGAAGGGGAGAGCGAGACUGAGUCGUUCUACGGCUUUGAAGAUGCCGAUUUGGAUCUGAUGGAAAUCUGAGCACUGAUCUGCGAACCGUGAUCCAGAAAGGGUUAUUUUUGAAAUAAAUGUUGGAUGAGACCAUUACACUUCCCUGUGGAUUUGUGGGUUUAGGAAAUUCGUAGGCGAUCACUCAGAUAAAUAGCCAUUUAUGCUGUUCAUUUAUAAGUUUUGUGCUUUUUUAAAAGAAAAAUCACUGUGUUGGUAUUUUCUGAAAAUAUAUUGUGGGUGAAUAUUUUUGCGUUUUCUUUACCUCACUGUAUCAUAGUUUUCUGUUUUUAUUGUGCAGAAAUGUUUUGAAUUAUACAUUGUCAAUGUGACCAUUUCUAAAGAAAGGAGAAAAAUAUGUAGCUAAUGAACCAGUAUAUAAAUCUUUUUGGUUGUCUUAACACAGGUUUUUUGUUUUGUUUUUUUUUUUCUUUUUUUUUUAACACUUGACCCAGAGAUUUAGGUUUCUGUGGAAAAUUUAGGUAUGAGUUACUGCUCUAACGUGUGAACCUUCUAUAAUUGGCCAUUAAGAUUUGGGUUUGGUUUGGGGGUUUUUUGUUGGUUGUUUUUUUUUUUUUUUUAAAGAAGAGUAAUUAUUUUGCUUGUGAAUUUGGACGGGGGGUAGAAACACAAGCGCAAGCGUUUUGCCUGUUCCGUGCCAGCGCCGCUGCCGGGGGCGGGGGGAGGACGGGCAGCGCUGGCCCCAGCCCCCCGCCUUCCCCUCGGCUCUCCGGCACCGGGCGGGGGUUCCUCUCCACCCGGGAGCCCGCCCGGCACCCACCUUGCUCCAAAGAAUUCCUGACAGAGGGUACAUGGUGGAAGAGGAAAGUCAAGUCUGUCUUGAUCUUCCUGUACAGUAGGUGGGAGUUAAAACCGUACGGACCAUUAAACGUCGACCUUUUAACUACUCGUAGUUGAUAAACCUGCUUUAACCAGUGGCAUCAGACACUACGUUCCUUAGAAUUAGAAAUCUGAUUUAAUGAAACAAACUGUGACGUGCACAAAAAGAAGACGUUUGUUUUUAUUUUUCACUGCCAGCUUAAAUUUUUCUACAAUUUGCAUGUUUGAGGGUUUUUUAAUUGUAUGUAUUAUGGUAUAAACGGAAAGCAUUUUGACACACAGAAUUCAGAAGCACCUGCACCUUUCUGUUUCCAUAGAGGUUUUGUGAACCUUCCCUAUUACCUAAGGAAAGCAGGAGGCAGCAUGUGCAGACCUGUAAAUGGUUCAUCUUUAAAAUGUACAUAAGUGGAACAUUUAAUAAAACCAGGGAAAUGGAUUUAUAAA